AAUCAUAAAUAUUAACAAAAAUAUACAACAAGAAACUCCGGCUAUGUCGUCCACGGCGAGAAACGUUUCCGGCAGCGGGAACCGAAAGUCGAGUAGGCUGCAGCGGCGGGCUCCACCGCCUCUUAAGAUAAACCCUUCCGAAGCGAAUUGGAAAGUGGCUAUUCCUUUUCUAUCACCUACGGAGUCGCCGCCACAGAAGCCACCGGCGGUAAUGAAGAGGGAGGAGCAACGGUGGGGAAAAGAGGCGGAGAAGCCGCCAGUUUUCAAGAAGUGGCAGCACCCGGCGGCUCCGUUUUACUAUCAGCCAGCGCCGUCAUCGAAUCAGCCGUUUGGAUGGCCAAAUUAACGGUCUCUUAAAAAUUAGGUCUAGCACACAAAUACAUAAAUAUUUGCAUGCUUUUAAUAUGCCGAUCAUAUGGAUAAAAAAGCAUAUUUUAUUUUAAUUAACAUACUACUCUUAUGUAUCAUCUUUGUGCAAUAUGUAUGUUGGGUUUGAUGUUGUUAUAUUUCCUUCAUGUAACCAUGAAUUAUAAACUAGUUACAUAAUA